AUGUUAAAGAAGAAAGAAAGAAAUAAAUGUGAGGCGCGGCGCGUCGGGCGCAGGCGGGGCACGCGGGGCAUGUGGGGCGCCGCGGCGGGCUGGUGGUGCGGCGCGCUGGCGGCCGCUCUGCUGCUGCUGCUCGCGCUGCGCUGCCGUCGUCCGCGCAGCAAGCAGCCGCACCACUUCGCAUGGCCGCUGCGCGCUACGCUCGUCCACCAGGUUCACAUUGUGAGUGGCGACAAGGCCCGACUGACUUGCGCGGCCGUUUCGGAGCCGCGCUGCACGCACACGGAACUGUCAGGCGCUCCGGCGGACCGAGUGGUCCCCGCCCCCCCGACUCCCCCGUCCAACCUACCACCACCCGAACCUCCCCAGAUUGUCAUCGUCCAGAACUUCGCUCAGAAUACCGUUGCCCACGAAGUGUCCAGCACAGAAUCUCGGCCCCCGCCCCCUCCCCUGCCUCGUCUCCCGCCCCCAGAGCACUGGUUGCAUAAGCGACCCUUCGAAUACAAGUACCCCUGCAUCCCCCGCCCGUUGGCGCAGCUAGUCAAUACGGACCUUGGCGCCGAACUGGCCCGCGAGUCGCGCGCCAAAAAGUACAGCGCAACUAGAUCGCCAUCUUUGGAAAAAGACGACAAGUCCCCAUUCGUUAGUGCGGAGUCCGAUGCCGAGGUGUUUGGUUUCGACGAGCCAUCGGUGGUUAAAAUGAGCGAUUCGGGGGAAGCAUCGUCGGACAUGUCGCCGGGCAACUUGCGGAGGUUUCGAUCGAUCAGUACUCGGCUAAACCUAUGCAGCGUGAAUGAAAACCCUCACGCCGACAACAUUGAACAAGUAGAGGUGCAGAGUUCGCCCAGGGUCAUAGAGUGCAGUUCAGCUAAAGAGAAAUCGUCAACCACGAAAUUUGAUUUCUCGCCGAAAUUAUUAGCAGAUAGCAUGAGCUCCCCUCGAUUUUUCACGCCACCCGAGGUGGUAUCACCUGCCUUUUUUGCUGAUCCGUCUCCAAAGUCUGUAUAUUACGACAGUGUUAGGUCUCCAAAAUUCUUUCCUGACACUCCUCGCGACGCAGAGGUGCCGCAGUCGCCGAGAGCGUUAAGCGAUCAUUUAAAUAGAGCAAAUGGUUUAUGUGAAAAACCUAAUUCACCCAAAGUGUUGAGCGCUCGACCUAGUCCUAAGGUUCAUAGUUACAAUAAAGAGAAUUACUUUACUUUUGAACAAGUGGCUGUAGAAGAAGGAGCUGUGAGAUCACCUCGUCCGAAAAGGUAUGGUGGGAGAUAUUCCAUUGAAAGGGAAAGAUUUACACCGCCUGCCGAUAAAGAGGCAAAGAAGUAUAGACGACAUAAUAGUUGCGAUACGAAUAUAAAAAAUAACGAAGAAAGUAUAUCGAAACAUGAAGGCAACAAACAAUCCGACCCUAAAAUUGAAGUUAUAGAAAAAGACGUAGUUGAUUGCUGUGCCAAAAUCGACUCAAUGCAUAUUGAGAAUAAAUCAGAAAUUAUAAAGACGCAUGAAUUGACGCCACGCGAAACGAGUUCAGCGCAGGUCAGAAGACAACGACUAAAAUCGAUUUCUUUAGAUUCUGAAAACGCCAGAAUUAUCGAACAAAAUUUAGGUAUACCGGUAGCAAAACAAAUGAAAGAUCAAAUGAACGAAGCGUACAAGAAUCAAGAGACCAGUACGUCUUGCGAGAAUGUAGAAAGGCAUUUAAAAACGAAUUCCAACGAAAGGCCGACGUUUAAGUUUGAUAUCGAACAAAAGGAUAAACAAAUUGAAGCAGAAGAACCCAAAUCUCCUGGUCUUGUUCAGAAGAAAGGUCUGCGACAGAGUUCUGACACUCAAUCAUUUCUAGACAUGCCCAGGUUUUCACCGAAAGAAUUUGAAAUUACUGUGACGUCCGAAGAAGGUUCAACAGCGCCGGUAGAAACUCAUACCAAACGAAAAGGAAAAAACCUUAGAAAUUUGACAAUAGAUCUAUCGAAAAGAGACAGCGAUUUGGAAAAAGAAUUGUUAGAAUUUGAAAAGUUGUACACUAACGCGGAGGAGAAGAAAGUUAAAACGCCUACGUUGAAAGUCAAAGCGACGUCUCUGGACUCAUCGGAGUCUGUUAAUCUUUCCUUGCCCCAGAAAAAAUCUUUAGAAGUACCUCAGAAUUCGAUAUCAGUACCAAAUACUCCGAAGAGACAGCUGAAAAGAAUACUUGCUCAAAGGAGUAUCAAACAUGACGUAUCCGCGGCUAAAAUGGGAUACAAUUCUUUACAAUCUAACGCGGAGCAAAUGCGGCUAUAUAUGAAAGGUCAAGACAGUGGCAUAUAUCUUAGGGAAAAUCACGCUAGUCUAAUGUUAUAUCAGGCAGGAUCUUCACGUAUGGGAUCACGUACAAGAGGCUCAUUUGAUGAAAACAUUACUGACUGUCCCGAAACCAAUUCAGAAAUAAGCAUUUUAGGUGCUGAUAGCAAGGCCGGACUUUUUGCAGAAACUGGGCAGACUCUCGGCUCCAAUCUUCUUAACUACAAACAAAAUUUAAGUGUUUCAAGCACAAACCUAAAAACAUUACCCGAGGGUGUGCCUUCAGAUGAUUUUGAGCCCAGUGCUGAAGAUGAGAAGGUUAUCAAGAAACUGCAUAGAAGGAAUUCCAAUCAAAGUUUGAUGCUCAGCACACACAGCUUGCAGGGUUCAAACUGUUCCUUGAGCAGCGCAGGGGCCUCAUGUCACAACUUGACCACCGUUCGAACAAGCAUUUCGAAUUUUAGUUUGAAUUCUGACGGCAGACAAAAGAAAUUGUCAAUAGAUCGAAGAGAUUCAAACGCAUCGCUUGUAGGCGCCGAACAUUUGACGCCAACAACCCGGGUCAUAUGUUCUUCUAAUACCAACCUCUCGGGAGACGUUUCGAAAAAUUGCCUUUUGCAAAGACGUGGUUCGAAUAAUAGCUUAACAUUGAACAUUCAAACAACAAAUAACCUUAGCAGGCAUUCUAGUAAUAGUUCUCUGAAUAAAGAGAUGAAACUUGGACAGAAAAAAGGCCUAUUGGAACGCAGAAGUUCAAAUACAUCAUUAACUCUUAACAUCAAUACGUCUAAUCCACAACUGUCAAGUAACCGAGGGCUCAGCGUUUCCAAUUAUAAUCUCAACGGUUCUACAUGCAACUUAAGCAGGUAUAACAGCAAUCAUAGCAUUGACAAUGUCGCCACAGAACCGCGCAAAGGGAUCUUGGAGAGACGCAGUUCUAAUACUUCCUUAACCCUCAACAUUCAACCUCAAGAACCAAGAGACCUUGAAAUUGACGAGACUUUAAUUGAUAGCAACCUGAAAGAGAUGCCGCACAGGGACAGGCAUAGAAAAUCUCUGAGCACGGAGAAUUUAAUUCCUAAAUCGUACAAAAAUCGAACAAAUCGCAAUACAGAUAAGGGUAUUGGCUUCGGGUCACACGAUAAUCUAUGGUCCACUUCUUACACAACAGAACAAGAAUAUCCACAGAAUUUGACAUAUGUUUGCGGCGACCAAGAGAACGAAAUAAUCUAUGCUUUCGGACGGCAGGAUGAUCCUAAUUUUCAACAAGGCUUUGUGAAAAACAUAACAACGAAACCGCUAAGCCCGCAAAGCACCUCGGAAGAUUUUAGGUUAUAUUUGGCGAACAUGCAGCAUUUGCAAAAUGCGUCGAGCGUAUUGACUCGUCAGCAGCUUAAAGAUUUGAAUGAUGUAUUUCAGAACGGUUACUCAAAAGUUAAAUGUCAUAGCACGAAUGAGGGCCAGCACUGUUGUUCAGGACGUGUUGACUCUGAUGUUGCAAAGGAAAACCCUCAGAUGGUUAUACCUGAACCUGUCACAACCCAACCGUGUUCGGAGUACCAGAAAACGUUACUAAGAAACUUGCACCAAGAGUUCUGGGAUAUGCCCACGAACUUUCAAGAGAAACCAAUUGUUUCUGGCUCCCAUCCCAAGAAUAGAUAUAAAACCAUUUUGCCCAAUGAACACUCUAGAUUCAUAUUACGCGCAGAUCCAGGGACUGUUGGCGAGGGAUACAUAAAUGCCAAUUUUAUUAAGGGGCAUGAAUAUACAAAGAACAGCUAUAUAGCGACACAGGGCCCUCUUCAAAACACUAUGUAUGACUUCUGGAUGAUGGUACAACAAAACACCAAGGAUUUUGUGAGUCAGAAUUCUGAUCCGAUGACGUCCCAAGCCACAAUACAGAAAAUCGUAAUGCUGACAAACUUCAUUGAGAAUAAUCGACAGAAAUGCGAGAAAUAUUUCCCAUUGGAAUUGAACGAGGAACUGACAAUAAGAAGUCCGGACCUGGUGGAGACGGGUUUCUGCAGUGAUACUGAGGGAGUUAAAAGCGGUUUCGUAAUAAAAAAUACAGGCCUGGUGAAAAAAGCCGGUUAUACGAUACGAAAACUAUGUGUUAGACAUUUAAAAACUAACCUAGGUGAUGAAAAAAGUGACAGUGAGUUGACAGUAUACCAUUACUGGUUCCAUAAUUGGGCAGACCAUAAGUGUCCCAAAGAUGUGAAUGCUUUGUUAAACUUAAGCUUGGAUGUAUUAAAAGACCAAAGUUAUAAUUUUAGUGAAAGUGAUGAGGAGAAGGAAGAACAGUGCAACUGCUAUGAUAGUCCAAAGUUUGAUUCUAAGUUUGUUUUCCCUCCACUGGAGGCUGAGAGUGUACCUUGUCCAGUAACUGUGAAGGUAUCUUCACCACUUGAUUUGUCUGUGGAAAACAAGUCACCACCAACCAUUGUGCAUUGCUCGGCGGGCAUUGGUCGAACUGGUUGUCUUAUAGCUAUACUUAAUGGUAUAAAACAGCUAACUAAUGAACAGAAAGUUGAUGUGCUAGGCAUAGUUUGCAAUAUGAGGUUAAAUAGAGGCGGCAUGGUACAAAAUUCUGAACAGUAUGAGCUGAUUCACAAAGUCUUAUGUCUGUUUGAACAGGCGUGUUUGCCGAGUUUA